UCACAUUGCACACAAGUCACAACCACUAUCAAUAUAUCUAAUUCAUCGCAUAUAUAAACACCAAAUUCACCAUUAAAAAUGUCACUCUUUCCCAAUAGCAUCUUUGGUCGAAGAAGAUCAGAACCAAAAGAUCAUCACCAAACAUGGCACCACCCAUCAUACCAAAACCAUGGUUAUGGAAUUUCUCAAACCAACACACCCCAUCAUAUAACACCACCACCUUUCCACAACGAACCAUCACCAAUUAUUAACACUCAAAUAGAGUGGAAAGAAACCCAUGAAGCUCAUAUCUACAAAGCACACCUUCCGGGGCUGAAACGAAGCGAUGUUCGAGUUGAAGUUGAUGAGGAUAGAGUUCUAUGUAUCAUUUGUGAGAAAAGUGUUGAGAAGGAAGAACAAAGAGGAGGGUGGCAUAGAGUUGAAGUUGCUAGUGGUCAUUUUGUUCAACGUCUUACCUUGCCUGAAAAUUCUAAGGUUGAUCAUGUUAAGGCUUAUAUGGAUAAUGGUGUGCUUACUAUUCAUGUUCCUAAGCAUAGAGUUGGGAACACACGUGUUAGAAAUGUUCAAAUUUCUCAUGUGUAAAAUGUCUACAACCGUGUCUCUUACCUCUAUAUGAAAUAUUACUAUUUAAAGAGAGACAAAUUUAUGAAAUAAAAUAAUGUUUCAUGAGUUUAUAUGUCUCUUUAAAUAAAAGUGUUCAUUAAAUUAAGAGAAUUUCAACCAUCUUGUUUGAAGAAUAUAAACUAAAACUCUAGAUCAGUAGCUUUGUAGAAGAGACACGGUUAACUAAAUGUAUAAAUAAUGAAUAACUUAUAAGUUGUGUUCUUCCAUAAUCAAUAUGCCUUAUUUUUUUCA